AUGGGGCACCACGUGUGUUGCUUUCUGACAGGGGAACUAACUUUUUAUCUUAAGUCGCUGCAGAGGUUUGUAAUAUAUUUCAAAUUCAAAAGAUCAAUACUUCCAGUUAUCACCCACAGACCGAUGGUCUUGUAGAAAGGUUUAAUUCUACCUUGUGUCAGUCGUUGUCAAUGUAGGUUUCCAAAAACCAGAAAGAUUGGGACGAGUUCAUACCGCUUAUUUUGUUUGCGCAUAGGACUUCUGUUUUAGAUGAGACUGGGGAUUCUCCUUUUUACGUUCUUUAUGGGCGAGAGCCACGCUUGCCAAUUGACCUUAAGUAUUUACCUGCUGCGGCUGAUGAUUUUUAAUUGAGUACUUCGGCCCUUGACUAUCGAAAACGUGUUGUCGAAAAGGUCGAGUUAGCGCAAAAUCUAGCCAGUGAAAAUUUACAACGUGCACAACAGAAAAUGAAGGAUUAUUACGAUCAAAAGACAAAAGAACCUGUUUUUGAAGUUGGUCAACGUGUUUGGGUUUAUACUCCGAGAACUAGAAAAGGAUUAUCCAAAAAGUUAAUGCAUAACUGGUUGGGUCCAUACAGAAUCGUUGAAAAGUCACCAGUGCAUUUUAAGUUGCGCACGGUCGCCAACAAAAAAGGUGCUUUUUCGUGUCACGCAAAUCGUAUGAAGCCGUUUGUUGAUCCAAAUUUGAGGCCAAUUGACUCUCCGCUUUUUGAUGAUCCUGCCGAGCCAUAUUUAGAUGAAUCUGAUAUUCCAAAAGAUUGUUUUGAGCCAAAUAGUUCUGUGCUUGUUGAAGAGAAUCCUUUAGACAUUGAAUUAAAUCCUGUUGGAGAACAAGCGUUAGUGGCCCCACAAUCUCAUGAAGAGAAAGAAUCAAACAAAGAAUCAGACCAAGAAAAGACAAAGAAUCAGCUUCAAAAUGAAAAAGAACCAACUCCGGAAGCAAUUUUUAUCGACAAUAAAACUGUGUUUAGAGCAGAAAAAUUCUAA